GCAAAUGUUGACUAAACUUUUAGGUUUAGUCACUUCUUUGAGUUAUAGCGAAAAUGUCGAUGGAAGACUCCUGGGUAUUUGAUUCGCUGGUGUGCUUUCUGCACGGACCAAUUUGGAAUGCUCCGCUCCAGACUUUUAUCGAGCAAAAGUCCUUAGUCUUCGAUCCCAACCUGCAGUUGGAUGAGAACAACCCAGACAUUCUGCAGAUCCAUGAGGAAUACAAAAAUCUGGUAGAUUACAUGCUGGGCAGCUUUAUGGAGGAGAUGCAGAUUUCUCCAGAGCAAUUUGAAAUGGCAUGUCUUGAGGGUCGGCAGCAGGGUCAGGGCGAAAAUCCCUUCCAGUUCCACCAGGUGCUGUUCCAACAGAUUUGGGCCGCCAACGACCUUAAGAUAUUCAUACGUAUGAUGACGCAACGUAAUGUGGAGCUACAGUUACAGGCCCUCGAUCUCAUCGAGAAAAAUCAAUUAGCCCAAAGUGCCGCCGAUGAGGGGGACGACCACAGCGCUGACGCUUGCUCGGAUCCAGGUGAUACCGCCUCCGAGGUGGAUCAAAUGAUAGCAAAAACGGUGGCUGACGAACUAGAGAGUCCGGAAGCGGCUUUAACCCCAGACCAGGAGCCCAACAUGGAACUCGUUAAUGACAAGUUUCAGCGCUUGAAUCUGUUCUUCGAACAGGAGGAUCAUGUGGACCCCAAUGAUGUGGUAUCGCGACAGGAGUACCUGCGCCAGCAGCGAGACAAGAUUGUGGAGAUAAAGAAGCAGACGCGAGCGAAGCAAUUGCAAGAGACCAUGUCGCGGGGUACUCCACAUGCUCCAGAAGGAGCACGUCCCAGCUCCGCUUUAGUGGCCCAACAACUGCUAGAGAAUGGGGGACAGACCAAAGAACUUUCGAUGCCAGCACCUCUGGAGGCGGAAGAGAACGCUGCCCUCCAACUCAGACGCAAUCUUGCCAAGCGCCUGCGAAGCGAAGUGGUGGAACAGAAGUAAAUAGUUACUUUAUUUUCUAUUCCCAUUUAUUGCAGAUGCUCAGCCAGAAUUAACAAUGUGUUAGGUAUUGCGACUAGUUCAGUUGGUGGAUGUGACCUUAUGUUGUACUUGUCUGGUCACUACUCGUCCUUGUCCACACACAACCAACCCAGAAACGAUAGUGGGUUGUGUGUGGGCAUGGUCGAGUGUAUCUAUUAAUUUCCAUUAAGCUUUUUGUCAAAAUAAACAUAUUGCUAGUGAAGUGUUUCUAAAAAA